AUGACGCGUGGUAAUCAACGUGAUCUCGCACGAGAAAAAAACGCAAAAAAUGCAAAGAAAGGUUUAUCAGCUGCUGAAAUGGAAGGUAAUAAAGGUUUAUCAUUACAAGAACGUCAAUCGCGUGAUGCAGCAAAAAUGCGUGAGAAACAACAAUUAGCUGCAGAAAAAAAGGGCGGCGGUGGUGGUGAUGGUGGCAAUAAUAAUGCGUCAGGUGGAGCAGGAGCAGCAGCAACAGCCAAAUGA